CCAUGGCAGUUACAGCUCCAGCAAGGGAAACGUCAGCUUCAGGUCAGAAAAGGCAAAGUUAAAUGAGAACUUGCUGUGUGAUGUUUUGUCAGCGUGGUGGACAGCUCUAGGCCUGGCGGAGCAGUGGGAACUGGGAGAUCUCCCUGCAUGCCUGUGCAGCCCUCUGUCAGCAAGCCUGUAGGACAGAACGAUGCCUUGGUUUCCCCCGAGCCGCCAGAAUUUUGUACCCCAGGUUUCAAAAUUUCUAAACUUCGGCAUCCCCCCAUGAACCCCAAAACCCCUGAAAGGACAAAACCAGCAGAGACCUGCAGCUCCACCCCUGAGGUUCCAGCGUUCGAGACCCCGUUCCUCAAGAGCCUCAUCCAUCGCCCUGAGCCUUGCACCCCAGGACUUCCUAAGCCGCCACGUCCCCACAUCGAUCACAAGACCCCUGAAAGGACCCAGCCAGCAGAGACCUGCAGCUCCACCCCUGAAGUUCCAGCGUUCGAGACCCCGUUCCUCAAGAGCCUCAUCCAUAGUGGGAUGUCAAACGCAGACAACACCGAGACUGGUCCCAUGGAAGAGACUUUUACUCACUUGCGCUCCAGGACGACAGGAAAACUGACUUGUGAAGCAGCCCCAGGGGGGGAGCAGAAGGCGAAGGCAGGCCGGGGAACAGCCGCUGGGCUCUUCCAGAUGAGGCAGCCCUCCCCGCCAGCGCUGGGCCGUGAGGAGUUCACCUUCCAUCGCGAGCAGCUGCACCCUUUCCAGGGCCUUGCCAAGCCUUUCCUCCACGUCCCUCCAAGGCCGGCUUUCCUCAUAACAGAUGAGGAGAAGGAGAACAGCGUUCAGAGGCUUGCCACAGUGUCAGAAAAGGAGUACUUGGUUCUGCCUAAUUAUCUGAAGCAGAUCCACCUGGCAAACCUCAAUAUGGCUAUUCAUAAGAUAAACAUGGCACUGGACAGUAACCACAUAGCAGCAGAUUCUCCAGAGUACCUGAUGAAAGAUGCUGAUCUGAAGAACAUAAUAGAUGAAGGCCCAAAGGUUAACAUCUACAUCCUGUGUCUGAUGGAGUUGAACAGACUGAAGGUGAUGAGGAACGCCGGUGCUGGUAACGUGUACAAAGUCAUCCUGGACACAGACAUUCAGUAAAGCACGAAUACAGCGGCACUCUGCUUUCCUCAGAAGACACCAACCAUCCGAAAAGAACUGCACAGGCGCACGGAGCUCUGUUCACAACUUUCAAGGCUGAGAAUCCACAGCUCCGUAGCAGGCGUUUUUAACGUGAUCGGUUUUUUUAAUGCACUUGGGGAAGUCACAUUUCACCUACAGGACUCUUUGGAAUCCUGACACUGACGUUCUGAAGCCUGAGCUUUCUCGACUGCUUUUAUAUGAUUUUCUCAACAUUUUCACUUUUUUCUGUUGUUCAUUGCUGUUUUAAAUGUAAAAUUAUAGGGAAUAAAGGUUUGCUAGCACA